AAUAAGAUUUUUUCGUUGUUACAAUUUUUACAUGAUUUUUAAUUAGAUGGGCCUUAAAAGUUAAUGCCCUUAGGCAUAACUAAGUAAAACAGUAUACAUCAUUUUUAAAGUUGCAUGGAACUGUUAGAUCAUGUAGCACUGUCACACUUACUAAAAGGUCCCCACCGCAACAUUAUUGUUAAUACCUGGAACCCUUGGGGAAAGGGACUUACUUCUCAAAGCUUUGAGUGACCAGGGUUUGAAACCUGAAGACAUCUACUAUGUUAUUUGCAUAAAUAGACACAUAGAACAGAUUGGCAACCUCAACCUCUUCUCUGGAGCUGUCCAAUGUGUGGGCUAUGAUAUUUGUUGACAUGAUCAGUACUUACUGCAUGAGUUGAAAGAGGGGAUGCCCUUCAACAUAGAUGAGGAUGUAGAAAUAGGGCCAACACCUGGUCAUACAGGAAAUGAUGUGUCGGUGGUGGUGAAGAAGGCUAAUCUUGGAGUAUUAGCAGUGGUUGGGGAUUUAUUUUAUUGUGAAGGUGACCUUUUCUCCCCCUCCCUUUGGCUAAAAAAAAGUGAGCGACCACAUCUCCAGGUGCAAUCAAGAUAUACCAUAUUGGAGAUGGCUGACUUUAUCAUACCAGGACAUGGACCUACGUUUAAGGUUGAACUAGAGGAGCAAAAAAGAACUAAAGAAAACUUUAGGAAGAGAAUGCGUGAAGUAAAGGAACUGGAUAUAACAGCUGACAAUCUGGUCAAGUCUCUAGAAAGUUCAUUGAAAGAAAAAGAGCAUGAGGUGAAACAGGAGCAGCAGAGAAACAGAGAGCUGGAUGCCAAAUUUAAGAAUCUACUCCAGGAGAAAGAAAGUAUUGAAGCUCAGCUUCAAAAAAUACUUGAUAAUCAUUACACAGAGAAGUCAGAGUUGAGUUCUAAGAUUAAAAGUCUUCAAGAAGAGAAAAAAAAACUCAAAGAUGUCAAAGAGCAAAACAAACAAUGUGAACAUUUGAGCGACUCUGACAGCACUGAAAUAGAUCUAGACAGUUCAAUUUUCCUGCAGGAAGACGUGGGAUUGCAACCAAUAGACCAUGAACAACCAAGCAGCCAUUCCGUAAAAAAGGUUCAAGACCAGAAAAACAAACGGUACUUAGUAAAAGCUCAAGAAGCAGUACUUAGAAAAAGCUCAAGGUUGUUGUCUAGGAGUGAAGAGAACUUGAGAAACACAAGCAAUGAAGUUAGUAACCUAAAGUCAAGGUUGAUAGAUGUGGAGCAUGAAAAAAUCAUGCUAGUGAAACAGCUGACACAAUUUAGAUCAAAAUACAACUACAUAACCAGACAGAAAGACAAAGAAAUCCAGAGACUCAAAAGUGAACUGGAGCUUGAAUUUGACCUAUAUAGGCCUAGAUAUAAUCAUUCAACUGUAUGCCUACAGUUCGAUCUUAUUCUUUUAACUUUGUACAAAUAUUUAUCCAUAAUAAAAUCAGUAAUAAGGAAAAUGUUUCUUACAUAAACAUUAAUGCACAAUAAAAUUAUGUUUAAAAUGCUAGCACAAUACAAAUGUCUAGAAUAAAAACAUAGAGCCCGGAAGCUCAUAAUUGGAACCAUUGAAAUCUGCCUAUGUGGAGUGUCACCAGAUAAUGCCGACCAUGUCCUCCAAAAUUGCUCUCUUUACCAAGAGGCCCGUACUAGACACUGGCCCCAAAACACCUCAAUAGAAAGAAAACUAUACAGAGAGCUCCCUGAUUUGGUAACCACUGCGCAGUUCAUCUCAUGUAUUGGUCUAGUCGUCUGAACACUUUAACAUAAAAUGAGAACAAAGAAGAUGUAUAGAACCUACUGAUAACAUUUGUGUUAGUGGAGCCAGGAGAACCAACCUAUAGUUUUUGUGGAGAUAUCUACCUUCUACAAGUUUCAUUACAGAUCUACUUGAUAAGACCAUAUACACUAUAAACACUUAUGUACAUUUGUACAUACACAUAUGUGAUUCAAUGUAGUUAAGACUGCCCAAAUUAAGCUUGUUGCAGUUAGUAAUGUUGUUGAGUAUAUUUGUAAAAAUGUACACUAUCAAAUAGCGCCACUUUCUUCUGUAGGCGAUGACGUCAUUCAUGGUAUUAAUAUUUUGUGCAAAAUUUUAUUCCUUGUCCCAUUGUCAUGAGUGACGUAAUGUAUCAGCUCUUAUUUUGGGGGCAUUUUCGCCUUAUUGUAAUUGAUAGACAAGAUGUACUUUUUGAGGUCCUGAAUGAAUCUUGGUAUUAUACUACUGGUCAGCCUUACCAUAUUGCCUUGGAUUAAUUCUUGUUAGGACUAUUUGACCUCUGUUUAGGGUGAGUUGUAUUUUAUAUUGUAAAGAUAUUCUUUAAACGGAUUUGUUCGUAUUUCUAGUUUUAGAAAUUGUCUGUUAUUUUUAUAGGGUUUCAGUUAAUUAUUUCAUCGUUGAUUCAAUGCUGUGGGUUUUUGGUAUUACCCUGGACAUUGUCGUCGUCAUCUUUGUAUUGUUGGUCAGAAGUUAAUGACAGUUCUAAUAUGCUGCUAUCAUGAUUGAUGUCCGUUGGCAGUUUAUACAGAACUUAUUACAGAGACGAAUCUUUGGCAUACGAUAUGAAACUGUGAUGUUGAAGUCAGUAUUUUCAAGCAACAUAUUGGUGCUUACUUUAUUUAUGCUUUUUUAAGUUAUUACUUACAAUGAAUUUAUGACUUUUUAUCUUAAUAUUUAUUUGUGAAAAAUUCACAUUCACAUUAUUCCUUUCGAUAUUAUUGUAUAAAUAUUAUUCUAUUAAAUUCAUAUUUUAUUUUAACUUAUCA